UCUUUUUUUUUUUUUUUUUUUUUAACUUGGACAAAAGCAACGCAGGCGAACAAACCGAAACCCACGCCUCUGGCUCUGCCUUGCACAUCCUCCUUACUGCUCCAAACCAUCAGACCAGAUCCGCACAGACUCUCCUAUCCAUCCAAGUAGACUGGUCUAGCUCUCAAAGCAAGAAAAAAACACCAAAGCUACCUACCUUUAAACUGGACCUUACCUGUCUAGCAAUUCCCCGUUCAGUCCGGCCUAGCCUCGCAAGGCGUGUGUUCCCGCUUGGGUUGUCUGCUGCUGUUGCUUUGACCUGCCCGCUGUCAAAAGAUUAAGAAAGCCAUCAGUCGACAAGAGAGAGAAAAAAAAACAACGGGCGCGCACAUACACAAGCAUACACCCACAGACAUACAAAAAAAACACUCAACAUACGCAUACGUAUUCGGGAAACUUUAUUUUUCCAGCAAAAUCGUCGAAGUCGGAAAAACAAACAAAAAAAGAAGAAAAAAGAAGAAAAAAAACAUCACCGUGUACACUUUUACAACCUGGCGAAAAUUCGCGCCUGGCAGACGGCGUCUUUUUUUUCACUCUAAGCAACUAAUCGACAAAGUCGAGAUCCUCCUUCCCUCGGGGUACAAGAAAACACCCCAACCCCCCGCCGACCGCCGCGUCCCCGCCUCGUGAGGGCUGCCAACCCCCCUCUUUUGGCCGCCAUGAGCUUCAACACGGGGACGGCGUACGCCGAGUCGGACGCAGACGACGAGUACGAGAGGGACAUUCACGACAGCUCGCCCAUCGACGCCACCGAUGCCGAGGCGUCGCCGACCGAGUCGGACCCGCCGUCCAACGAACACACGCCCACCACGUACGGGUAUCGCAGCAGCGCCGAUCGCCUACCGGAGACAAUCAUCUCGGAGUGGACGGCCGACGAGUGCGCCGACUUUAUUGCUACGAUCGGUCUGGAGCAGUACUCGACUCGUUUUGUUGAGAACGAAAUCGUUGGCGAGGCACUCGUUGCGCUGUUACACGAUGAUCUGAAGUCGAUGGGGAUUCACAGUGUCGGUCAUCGAUUGACCAUCCUGAGGAGCGUUUACGAUGUGAAGAAGGCGCAGGACGUGCCGGUGGAGAGCGACCACUACGUACCUCUGACCGCUGAAAAUGAGGGGCAGUAUGCGACUGCUAAGGACAUCAAAAACUUGGUAGAGCAGUUGCGAUUGCGCGAUGAGCGCAUGCACCUAUUUGAGCAGGACUUUCGUCGACUUGCAGAAGACUUUAGGAGAUUGCGCGAAGACAUGCUGCCGGCGCUUAGGUUGGCCAAGGAUGCGCAGCAGCCGCUGCCGCACCUGAACAACGGCUCUGCAUACGCUGGAUACGAUACGACGAUAUCACCACCAGCACCGACACCGUCGACGAGUGGUCAAUCUGGCGGCGGUCUCAAACGCCAGUGGUCUACGAAGAAGAUCAUGUUAGGCACGACACCAAAAGCCACUUCACCGACACACCUCCAAACGGCACACGACAGGUCGCUUGCGGAACAGACUCUGGACCCUUCGAGCGCGGCCGAGAGAGCUGUUAUGUCGUCGAGCCACUUGGCGAUCAACGGCCUCGUUCCAUCGGCAACAUCACCCUCGUAUCCAUCAAUAAAUAUUCCCUCACCGACGUCUCCGCCAAACACACUUGGUGGGGCGACGCUGGCAUCGAGGUCGUACCGUUCGGACCAACCGACGCCAUCGAGCCGAUCGACCUUUGCCGAAUCGGACUACGCGCACCCUGGGGGACGAGACAAACAGCCGGUGGCGCCGCGCAGGAUGCAGACGCCAGCGCCUGACACGCCAAGCGGCAGCAACGCGUCGGUUGAGAUAUUCAAGUCAUUCCGAGUCAGCAUGGACGAUCCAUGCUACAAGGUGCUCCCGGCCGCGCUGAAAAAGUAUCAAAUCAAUGCACCGUGGGACCAAUACGCGCUUUACAUUGUCUACGGGGACCAGGAGCGCUGCCUAGGCCUUGAGGAGAAGCCCCUCAUCUUGUUUAAGCAGCUCGACAAGGAGGGCAAGAAACCCAUGUUCAUGCUCCGCAAGACCAACAAUGCGCAGGUUGACAUUGGCAACGAGGCGCCAGGCAGCGCAGGGUUGGGGAGUGCGAGGGGGGCGGCCACAGGAUAUGAUCCCCCAGGAGGAAUAAUAUGAAUCAAGUAGGAAGGAAUAGCGGGAAUGACGGACAAGCUGCGUUUGUCCCGAGAAGCGCUUCCUGCCACCUUGAUGACUAAGGCACAAUGGAAUUUGGCCUUUUUUCCGCUCCUCAUUCAUAUGUUCCCGAUAUAACCUCACCAUAAACUAUUAUCACCCAACCUGUAAAGAGACACGCAAGUGUGUCUUGAUUGCCCCCCCUUCUAAUCAAUCCUCAACCGUCACAUAUCCCUUUUGUUAACCACCACUUUGGAGAGCUAUCUGUCUUGUGUGUCCGACUUGAGUCGAUUUACAGAACCUGGAUGUUGCAACGAUUUGGGUACUACUAUUUAGUACUAGUGGAACAUAGUUGUCUGAAUAUAUUCUCCUGGAGAGGCCUUAAGCGUAGGCCGUUAUUCUGUUAUUUACUGAUGUAUCACUUUCAAUUCGUUUCUUGAACACGGAGGAGGGAACUAAUGUCCUACCUUUCUACGGCUACCGGAGUUUGUAGGGCUGGAUUGUGG